AACCCAGCCUAGGCGCCAAGAGAAGAUAUUUGCAGACUGCCACUCACAGCUCUAGCCUUGCCCGGGUGAUCACGGGAGACUCCAGCUCAGAGUCUGAAGACGCACACAGCUCCACCACAGCGCCCAGGAUAUGGAGACCCCGGCCCGGCGCAGCAGGCGCUCUGUCACCACCUGGCCAGGCCUGGGAUUCGAUGAGAAUCAGGAAGGACUGCGUAGUCAGCGCCUGGAAGGUGUGAGGCCUACAGCCAUCUCGCUCCCUGUAGAGGAAGGAGACAAGGAAGGGUGUUUGCUGUUCCAGCGGAAGCAGGGAGCAGAUGUAGGAGAGGAAGGAGAAAAAGAAGAAACGCGAGGAGGAGGCGGAGAAGGAGGCCAGGAUGGCGCAAGCAUUAUGGGUCCCGCGGAUGAAGAACAAGGUCUGGUUGGUGACAGUGUUCCCGGCCUUGUGGCCUCUAACAACCACGAGGGCGGAAGCACCCGAGUCGUUGGCCAGGAGCUUGGGCGGCAACAGGAGGAGCUGAUCGGAGGGGGAGUCAACAGCCGCCAAGCUGGGAGCAGGCAGGAGCAGCAGGCCAGGCGUUCCACGUUCACCUCAUUACAGCUCCAGGAGUUGGAAACAAUUUUCCAGCGUCAUCAAUACCUCAACGGGUUAGCACGAUUCGAGCUUGCAAGACGCAUGGAUGUAACUGAAGCCAAAGUGCAGGUUUGGUUUAAGAACAGGAGAGCCAGGUGGAGAAGAUACCAGAGAACUCUAAGGGCCAGAAAUACACCCCCUAUUGUCCAGCACUACCCUGUCACCAUAAUCUGGGGUGGAACCUAUUAUGCCAUGUUUGCUUGGGACCCAAAUUUGGUGCCAUUCCUUCCGGGAGCACUGCCAUUCUUGCUGCCCCUGCCACCUAUACGACCCCUGUUGCUGUGGCCGCCCAUGCCCACGCCUGUGCACUUGAUGAUGCCCAUCCCAUGGCCUAUGCAGCCGCCCAUGCCACCGCCGUAUCCUCCCCUAUUCUUGCCUCCUCUGCCCUUCUAUUUCAUGCCCCUGUCUCCCUAUGGCCCGGCCCCCUGUGGCCUGAUCUGGAUCCUUAUUGUGAGCCAUUCUUUUUGAGACCCCUUUUUAUAAGGAAUACUUUCUGAAACUAUUUUUUCCAAAAUGUUUUAGGGCAAGAUAAAAUUUUGUGUGGCACACCAUCGUGAGCGGUUCAUCACAUGCCUAUUAAAUGUUUACUUGAAAGUACGAUGUCAUGGACCCACUUUCUGACACGGUUUUGUAUUUUCAAUAAAG